GGACAGACAGAGCCACUGUGGAAAUGCUUGAGUCAGUUCGGCGCGGUAAUCUGCGUAAACCUGUGGAGCUCCACGAGUUUGUAGCGAUGCACGUGCGACCAUUCUUACAAUCCAGUGAUUUCGACACAAACAGGAGAGACAAAAUUGGAUAAACGACUGCCGUUAUUGAAUUUCCUCAUGUCAUAACGACAAAAGAUGUUGACGUUCGAGACGCUUCUGGUGAAAGAGCUGCAAAAACAGCAGAGCAGGGCAGAGUUCUGUGACACUGUGCUGCAGACCCGAGGUGUGUCAGUGCCUGUGCACAGCUGUGUGUUGUCUGCCUUCAGUCCUUGGCUCUGUGGUGCUCUGUCAGCCAUGCCAUCACCCCGGAACGGACAGAGGAGACUGAUAGAAGUCCAAGCUGUGGAGGCCUGUACGUUGCUCAGUCUGGUCAGUCUGCUGUACUCAGGUCAGUUGAACGAGGACAAAGAGGAAGUCCUAUCGGCAGCUUGCAAACUAGGCAUCGACAUACCUCAGCAAGUAGCAAAGAGGCCGUCAACUGAGCAAAACACACAGACGGAGUGCAUGAAAGAGGUGGCGGAGAGAGAGUGUCAAACUGAGACCGUCCCUUCUGAAUGUCAAAACCCCAAAGAGACCAUUGAAAGUGUUCAUUUGAUUGGCACGUCAUCAUGGAGGACCGAUCAGGGGAUCUGCACGUACACGGAUGGCUCUGAUAUCACCCUGGCCACACUUCAGAACGUCCAGGUUAAUCCAGAGAACAUGCCUUCCUUUCAAGUCAUGGAUGUGGUCCCUGAAACCGCAAUGUAUCCCACAGCGAGUGGACCAGCCUGCAUGCCCCAGGUCUACGAAAUAGCUCCACCUCGAAGAGGGCGAAGAGGUCGCCCCCGCAAACGUCCUUUGCCCGAACCAGAUGUUUCCCAAAAUUUCAGUGGAAUUUCACCACCUGAUCAGAAAACCAUGAACCCUCCAGCUCCAUCCCUGAUGCACACCGCAGCUCUCCCAGCAGCCAAUCAGAGCGGCCUCGCUCAGCCAAUGGACUGGCUUAUAGAUGACGUCAUUGCGCAGCUCCCAUUUAUGCCCAACAGUCAAAUUGGAAUAACGAAUACUGCAACUGUAGAUUCCAACAUGGAUCAUCCAAGAACACAGUCCUCAGUUAAGCUCACGGAUCUGGGUAUAACCCAACCGCAGUCUGAAGGUGAGCUGUCUGACAUACUUGAUAGUUUUCUGAGAACGUUUGAGCAACACGUUGCUGUAUGCGAUUCAGACGUUCAAGAUGGAAUGGUGCCCAACAUAAUAGAUGGAACCCAGACCUGUGGACAGUCCUCACAGAAUUACACAGUCCACACACACACAUCAAAUGCACAUGCCACUUCUAUGAACACAACAACAAAGGGAUCAAAAGCCUCAUUAUCCAAGAACAGACCACAAGGAUCAUCUGCUCGUAGACCACAGAAGCCAUCAUGUUUUUGGCAGGUGUCAGGUGUGGAAAUGGAGAAAUCAACAGGACAGCAAAGUGAACAGAAGCCUAAAUCUGGCAGGAUGACCAGAAGCCAGAGUAGGAAGAGGAAGCUGGAUGUUAUUGAAGAACUGCCUAGGAUAGACGAGCUUCUAGCCAAACGGAAGAAAAAACGAAAAAAAGAACAAUUAGAGAAGAUGAAGGUAGAGGCUUCGCUACCAAAGAAGAAAAAGAGAAAGACAGCUAGCAGGCUGCAUAGUGAAGAAAAGUGCACCAGCAGCACAGCUGACUCGAGCUGCAGUGUUACGAGUUCAUUAAUGAACGUCAUGAACACAGCUAGUGGCCACAACAUGAAGUGUGCCACACAAUCAACAAAGACAUUGAAGAUUUUGACCGAUGCAAAGUCUUCUGUAGAGUUUCAUGCUCCCAAAGAGUCCAGUCUUGUAAAAAAGAAGGUGCAGUGCAUUACAGGGAGUUCACGACCCAAGCAAUCAGCCACACAGAAUAAAUCCACUGGGUCCCGUCCAGCUCUUUCUGCAUUUGAGUUAAUGCAAAAGAUCUUGGGAAAUCAGCAGAAAAGAGAGGAAGAGCAAAAAGGAGAAGAGAACAGAAUGUGGACGGUGAAAAAACAGAAAGUAAAGGAGAGGUUGGCAAAUGCACAUGUAUGUGGAGCUGAGGUGAAAAUGACUGAGAAUAAAGAGAAGAAUGCUAGAAUCAGGGUUGAAGGGCACAAUAAUAGCGGAAUAAACCAAAAAGAUGAGGAAACAAGUGGGGGAAUGAAGGAGGCUGGCAAUCAGAAGAACAUUCUUCUUCAGCAGAAUCUGCCAUCAGCUAAUUGUUGCACCAUGUCAAAGGGAGAGAGACUGAUGGAAGACAGCUACAGCAAAGAAAGAUUUGAGACUGCUGACUCUCUCAAUGAUUGUCCUUUGCAAAGAUGCAGCACAGAAGGCCUCAAGCUUAAAAACACGACAGACAUGCCUUUUGUCUCACACGCACUGGUCCCCACCACACCUCUAGAGAAACUCGGAAACACACAAGGGUCAAUAGCCAGUUCAGAAGAGGAUGAGGAUGUUGAUGUUGUGGAGGUCUCUAGUUCUUUGUCUGAGUCCUUCCCUGUGCUGCCAAUCACUGCUGAUAUUGUUCUCAGCACAGAGGAGGAGGAGGACAGUGAUGAAGACGACGAGAUUGAUGUUAUAAGUUUAGGAUCUAAUUAAACGUAGUAAUUUCUGUUACUGUUUAUUACUGUUUAGCU